AUGUCGAACUACUACCCCCAACAAUCAUACGGUCCCGGCCCCGGCCAGGGCGCCCAAAACCUCCAGUUCUACCCCUCCUCCUACUCGCCCGCGCCCGUCUCCGGCCACGCGACCCCACAACAGGCCUCGUACGGCUACGGAGCCCAGCCCUCCGGCUCGCAGUUCGGCGCCCCCAGCGCCGGCGGCUUCGGCGGCGCCGCGGCCUUCGGUUCCGCGGCCGGCGUCUCGGGACGCAUGGGCGAGCAGGGCGGCCUCAGGACCGGCUGGCUCGCGGCCUUCUCGACCGAGGGCUACGACGGGGAGCCGCCCCUGCUCGAGGAGCUGGGUGUCAACUUCGGGCAUGUUAUGGCCAAGACACUCGCGGUCCUGAACCCCUUCCGCCGGAUCGACCAACAUCUAAUGGACGACUCUGACCUCGCAGGCCCGAUCCUCUUCUUCCUACUCUUCGGCACAUUCCUCCUCUUCUCCGGCAAAGUCCACUUCGGCUACAUCUACGGCCUCGCCCUCCUAGGCAGCACCUCCCUGCACGUAAUCCUCUCCCUAAUGACGCCCACCGACAUCCACCCCUCCGGCGCGGUUCCCGGUUCCCAAGCGCCCCAAUACGGCGGCGGCCCAGGCUACCCGAGCGGCGGCCCCGGCGCCCCCGUCGACGCGCACGACCACCCCGCCCGCAGCGGCCACUUCUCCUCGACCCUGACCUUCGCGCGCUCGAGCUCCGUCCUGGGCUACUGCCUGCUGCCCCUGGUCGCGACGAGCCUGGUGGGCAUCGUGAUGCCCAUGGACACCCCCUUCGGCAUCGUGCUCACGACCAUGGCCAUCCUGUGGUGCACGUACUCGGCGUCCGGCAUGUUCUGCGCCGUGGGGCGGAUGAGGGGGAUGAGGGGCCUCGUGGCGUACCCGCUCGCCCUGUUCUACGUCGGCUUCGGCAUCAUGGGCAUCUUCAGCUCCAGGGGCAGCGGUGCUCUGGUCAAGGCGGCUGCCGGGUUGAAGGCGUGA